AUGCCGCCACGUAUCGAGAAGCAUAGUAAAGAAUACAAAGUGCGAGAGAUUCAAAAGAAUCUCGUCAAGAAGGCACGUUUAAAGAAAGACUAUUUUAAAGCUUUGAAAGAAGAAGGAUAUGCGGUCCCUGACAAAAAAAGCAGCGAAGCAAAGCUUAGCUACAAGGAAUUAAAGGCACAGAACGCUGUGGGUAAUCGCCAGAAGCUGGACGAGAAGAAAGAGCUAAAAAAAAUGCGUGGUAGACAGCAGCAUGACAAGGCAUUACAACGACAGAAGUACGAACAAGACAAGGUAAAAGAGGUAAGGGAUAAGGAAAAACAAAGAAACGUAAGGUCCUCAAAAGUUACCCAGCGCACGCGCUCAGGUCAACCGCUAAUGGGCCCAAAGAUCGAAGAUCUUCUCGGCAAGAUAAAGGCAGAUGAUACUUACACCAAGUAG